AUGUCCGGCGUUGCAUCCCGGCUAUCUGGCCUGCUGGGCCAUUUCACAGGGUCUCCGGCAUCAGCUCCGUUCGAGCACCGCUUCAACCAUCACACGCUUUCACCCACAUUUUUCCUCCCUCGAGCGGCGGCAAUUGAGCCUAAUGCCGAGGCAAUUUACCAUGUUACCGCAAACAAUAAGAUCCUGCGCCGAACGUACAGCGAGACCGCAGAUCGCGCCCGCGGGUUGGCAUAUUUCUUGAAAAAGAAGGGCUUUCGAAGAGUUGGCAUUCUUUGCCCCAAUACCCCGGCAUUUCUGGAAUCGAUCUUUGGAAUUGCCGCGGCUGGUUCUAUUAACGUUGCUGUGAACUACCGCCUAAAGCAGGAUGAUAUCGCCUAUAUCUUUGAGCAUGGCGAUGUAGACGUGAUUAUCGUGGAUCAAGAGUUUACAAACCUCCUUGACAUCUAUCGGUCACAACAUUCCAACGUUCCCAUUAUUGUCGACACCGAUACCGACGCUACUGAAGGCGAAUUGACGGGUCCCUUCGACGAUGCCGUGCUAGAAGGCUUGAAGUACGAUUCAGAGACUGGAGCGCAGGGCUGGGCGGGCCUUGAAGCUCAAGCGGCUGAUGAAGAAUCGUUAAUUGCAUUGGCAUAUACCAGCGGCACCACUGCCAGGCCUAAAGGUGUUGAGUAUACUCAUCGCGGUUGUUACUUGGCCGCUCUGGCUAAUGUCAUUGAGUCUGGUUUGAAUUUCAACCAGGGACGGGCCAAGUAUUUGUGGACAUUGCCCAUGUUCCAUGCAAUGGGUUGGACUUUCCCGUGGGCUAUUACCGCAGUUCGUGGCACCCACUACUGUCUACGCAAGAUCGACUACCCCGAAAUCUGGCGGCUACUGAAAGAAGAGCAUAUCAGCCACUUCAACGCAGCCCCGACGGUUAACACUCUCCUAUGCAACGCGAAAGAAGCCGAACGGCUCCCCGAGCCGGUCCGUGUUACUGUGGCAGCUAGCCCACCCACGCCUCACCUCUUCGAGCAAAUGACCAACCUGAACCUCCACCCGGUGCACGUUUACGGCAUGACUGAGACCUAUGGGCCGAUUACGAAGGGGUAUCAUCUCCCAGAGUGGGAGCAUAUCCCAUUGAAGGAGAAGUACCAGAAGAUGGCCCGGCAGGGUCAUGGCUUCAUCACUAGUCUGCCCGUGCGGGUAAUCAAGACCGAGGUGUCAGAGGGAACGAUCACUGAUGUUCAGCGAGACGGCAAAGAAAUCGGUGAGAUUGUAUUCUUCGGAAACAUCUGUGCCAAGGGAUACUAUAAGGACCCGGACGCGACUCGGAAGCUCUUUGCCGGUGGGGUUUUGCAUUCCGGGGAUCUGGCUGUCUGGCACCCCGACGGCGCGAUCCAGAUUCUCGAUCGCUCGAAGGAUAUUAUCAUCAGCGGUGGUGAGAAUAUCUCUUCCGUCGCAUUGGAGUCGAUGCUCGCCACCCAUCCCGAUAUUCUGGAGGCUGGUGUCGUGUCCAUCCCCGACAGCCACUGGGGAGAGCGACCAAAGGCAUUCAUCACGGUCAAGGAGGGCAAGAGUCUGGAAGGUGCUGAUGUGAUCUCUUGGGCUCGGAAUGCCAGUGGCAUUAGCAAGUUCAUGAUCCCACGUGAGGUUGAAAUAGUGGCGGAGCUCCCCAAGACCAGCACGGGCAAGAUUCGCAAGAAUGUGCUGCGCGAGUGGGUGAAAGGAUCCGACCGAAGUGUGGGGAACUGA